ACGACGGGCCACGUGAUCAAAUUUACCACGAUUUUUUGAAACCGAGUUUUGUAUAAAAGGACCGCCGGUUGAUACAUCCAGCACAAGCUUUCUUACUUUCGACAAGUAAACGAAGCAACCUACAACCCAAUCAACAUGUUCAAGUUGGCUGUUCUCGCCGCCAUUCUGGCCGUCGCUACCGCUGCUCCCGGUGGUCUUACUGGCAUCGUCCCGGACCACGCAAUUGGACCCAUCCAGGCUCCUCUGGUCUUGGGUGCCGCUGUAGCAGCCCCCGUUGCCCACGUUAUCAGCCAGCCCGUUGCCCCCAUCGUCCGCACUCCCGCGAUCGUCACCAAGUCCGUCCUCACCGCCGCUCCCCUGCCCCUCCUUUCUGCUCAUGGCUCUUUGCAUUAAAUGACGGACUAUACUAUCUUACCACCACCAACUCACGACGAGACAGCCCCCUAGAAAAGCACACCACACACCCCCACUUCUCCUGCGUAAAUCGUCCCACCUCUCCACCUAAAAGCAACAAAGCGAAGGAAAGAACCGCAGCACGAAGAAAGAAGAAAACAGGAAACGCAAAAUUUCUCUUCCCCUGCCAUCUCUCCGCAUCAGGAUGACAUCCGGACAUCGGACGUUCCACGUGCGCGCGUCGCCCACGGCGAAACGACGCGGAGGACAUUAGACGAGGGCCCACGGCCCGGGCCUGGCGUCCCAAUCGGCUAGUCUCUUUCCCUUCGGCGCAAUCGCGACUUUGGAUCAUCAAUGUAAUUCGGACAUUCGCAUCUCAAUCAUUUUGUACCAUCAUCCAGGACCCCUCCCCUUUGGCCAUACGGAAUUUUGAAUAAAAUUUUAUUUAAAAAAUAUC